AUGCUGUCCGUCUGGCUCGUAACCAUCGGAACGAUCCUCCAGCUGGCGUCCGGCUCCAUCGUUCCACCACUGUUUGACUACGACAGCCUGACGCAAUGUCGCCAGGAUCACUCCGCCGCGGCCGUUUUCUGCUACGUGAAGGUGAUCACCAAGAUCGACGAUCCGUUCCGCAGCGCACUCGACGUCAACAGUACCCGAGUGGUUCAGCAAUUCAGGCGCAAUCUGCUGGAUCAAGCCAUCUGUGUGCAGGACUGCGAGCGGGAAGUGGCCGCAUUGAGUGAGGAGGAUCGGGAUCGCCUGUACUGCGAGGAGUUUCCGGUUGAAUUUAGGCAUAUCUUCAGCACGUGGCAUUGGCAAGAACAGCUGGAACCCUACCAGAAAAAGUACAGCAAAUUGAUCAACAUUUGCGUGAAUAAUCGUUUGGAGCAACGUUACAACCUUGCAUACCAUGGAUACUCGAAGAUCGAGUAUUGUUUUGAUAACAAAUCUGCAACGGAUACCUACGAUGUCCUGAAGAUGACCUUCAUCGCAAUGGUCACGGCGCUUCUCAUAACAUGGCUGUAUGCCAAUCUGUGUGAUCUUUUCGACAAAAACCGAGAAAGCACGAUCGUCUCUUCGUUUUCACUGCGUCGAACAUGGGCCAACUUCACGGAAGAGUCCAAAUCGGACCUGUACAAGGACUUCGCCUACAUUGACGGACUGCGGGUGGUCAUCAACUUUAUCAUCCUGUACGGACACUGUAUGAUGGUUCCGCUAAACUUGCCCGUUGUCAAUCCGGAAGAUCUCGAGCAGUAUUCGACGGAGGUUGCAACCCGGUAUCUGACCACGAUGUUCGCCUUUCCGGUGCAAAUUUUCUUCACCAUAAGCGGAUUGCUGCUGAUGGUCAACUUUUUGAGGGAUGUCAACCGCAAACCUAACCUGGAAGUGGGAUACUUUCGGUCGAAGAUUGUGAACCGGUUGAUUCGACUGCUGCCAGUUUACUACUUCUUCCUGUUGGCGGCCACCGUCGGUGCGAUCCUUCCAGGAGUGGAGUUGGGAUUGUUGGGAUAUACGGUGCUAGUACGGGAACAACAAAUAUGCCGAUCCAAUUGGUGGACCAACGUGCUGAUGAUCAACAAUCUACCGUUCUACGAGGAUCAGUGUUUCUGCCAUGGGUGGUAUCUUGGUGCCGACUUGCAACUAUUUUUGCUGGGACUGUUGAUGCUGUGGGCGAUCUGGAAGUUUCCAAGAGCAGCCAAGGUUCUAUUUUGGGGUCUGGGAGUAGUUUCGAUCGUCAUUCCAGCUGUUAUUCUGUACCGAAAUGGAAUCGAAAGCGUUAUGACAACUAGGCAUAGCCAAACACCCUUCUUAUUCAUGUACGACGAAUGGGUGAGAGAAAUCUACCAACCUAGUUACAACAAUAUCAACAGUUUCAUCGGGGGAUUGAUCGCCGGAUAUCUUUACCACCAGAUCAAACAUAACAAGCUGAAUCUGAACAAUUCCUGGCUAUACAACCUUAUGCUGAAGAUCGCAACCCCACUGUUCGUCCUUUCAAUCCUUCCCAUCAAUCUGUUCUUCACGCACAACGUCCCUCAGUGGGGAAUCCUGCUCCACUCCAUACUCCAUCGCAACAUGAUCGUAGUGAUGGUCUGCCUGGGCUACAUCAAGUGCUUCCAAUCACCGAAAGGUUGGGCCCAGCGCCUUCUCAGCUCACGAGUCAUGACCACCAUGGGCAAACUGUGCUACAGUUCGUACGUGCUACACACCCUGCUGAUUCGGUACAUCGUCAACAACUCACCAGCUCUGCUGCACUUUUCGGCGGGUGAUGUGACCGUCCUGACCUUGGCCACCGUUGGACUGUCCUAUGUGGUCAGUGUUCCGGUUUAUCUGACCGUUGAGCAACCUAUUAGUACGGUGCUGAAGAACUGGUACUCUAAGAGUAAGAAACCGAAGGGAGCUUAA